UUUGUGUAUGAUCUCCGAUGAUUUAAAACUUGGAUUUCACUUCUGAGUAACAGGUCAAAAUCCCCAAUGAUUUGAAACCGCGGUCAUUCCCCCAUUACAUGGGUAAGCUCAACUCGUACAAAUCAACUUCCAUUUUGGGAUCAAUUUAUGACGCGGUGGAGGAAUAUCAACCGGAAGACACUUCUGACGAAGUAGUGGAAAAACUUCCUUGUUUCGAUGUUGAAGACCUCCCCGAGCAGUGUCUGAAGAAGUGGUACGAACUCUACGAGCAGUUCAGGAGUGAAAUGACCUCCGUCUUGCAAUACGAUGAUAAAGAGGGCAAGAAUAAGGCUGCCGAUAAGCUCAUAAGACGGUAUAAAGAGAUUCUAUAUGGUUGUGAGGACUUAGAGAAGAGCACAAGGCCAUUGGAUGAAAUAUUCAACGAGGCACUCGCCAUAUAUCGUUUCGCGUAUGACUACGCUUGGAAAGUAAACGACGUAAGGAAAUGUGGGUUUGCAUGGAGAGUUGCAGGUUCAGCUCUCUGUAAGUAUUACAAGACCAAACACGAGGACCGCACGUUUGAAGUCUCGUUCUCUGUUCUCAAGGACAUCCUCUAAUGAAAGGGGUACGGGGGCUCAAGAUCCUCGGCUGAAAUAUUCAUCCGGGGACCGAGGCACCCCCGCUCUGUAUCGUCUGUGUAUAACUUGUGAAGUGCUUGGAGGCAAGACGUGUGCAAGUAAAUGCUGUAUUAAUGCAAUGUAACAUUAUUCAUGACUCUAUAUGAAAAAGCAAAAAUCAUUUCCCAAA